AUGGAAAGCAAAGAGCAAGAAGCCCACUACAGAUCAAUUCCAGUUCCAGAGAGCCGAGUUAGAGUGUUGAAGCAAGAAUGGAUGAAGAUAUACACACCAAUAGUACAACUGGGCAAGCUACAGAUCAGAUUUAACCCCAAGACCAAGCACGUUGAGAUUAGAACGUGCCCUUCGACCGCCGAUCUCUGCUAUUUGGAACGGAGCAUGACGUAUAUCCAGGCUGUUUUGGACGGCUUCAAGCCCGAAGAUGCAGUUGCAAUUAUGAAAUUUAAGGACGUGUUCACUGAAUCGUUCCAUAUUCAGGAUAUCCGCAAGCUCAAGAGCUCUCACUUAUCACGUGCAAUUGGGCGCAUUAUAGGACGAGACGGGAGGAUUAAAGAGAGCAUUGAGAACUUCUCUAGAUGUAAGUUCAUACUAAGGGAUGAACGGGUAUCGCUGCUGGGUUGUGAGGAAAAUAUAAAAAUAGCAAAGGAUGCUAUUGGAAGACUGGUGCAAGGCUCAGAGCCCGCGUCAAUAUUUAACAGAUUGAGGAUCAUAUCGGCGAAGCUUAAAGACAAGUACGGAAGCAUACAAACAAUCUACGAUGAUCUCAGGCCGCAAUAA